UUUACUGACGGAUGUGCUUCCCAAUAUAAAAGACGCCAUUGUUUCGGCAGUUUAAACAUUGCCACCAAGGAACUUGGUGUUCCCUUUUUAAGAAACUAUUACGAGACUGCACACGCCAAGGGACCACAAGACGCAGCAGGAACACGAGGAGGGUGAGAAACCGGGCCGCGUGCAACGGACCAAGGAAAACCUCACGGACCCUCUGACGUGGCUCAUCUUUUCUUUCCUGGAUCACAUCAUUCCAUUGAUGACAGAUUUCAACACAACCUUCCAGGCUGGCGCCCCCAUGGUUGGCCAUCUACACACUGAGAUGCAGCGCCUGAUGAGGAAGCUCCUGGGAAAGUUUGUUAGCACACAGGCCAUUGCAGCUGCAAAAGAUGUGACAUCCGUCAACUUCCUGGAUGAUGAGGUGCAGCACCAAGACAGCAUCAUUGCAAUCGGGCUGAAGACCAGACAGUACCUGCAAGACAAUGAAGAGACACUCCCUCCAGGAACACCUGCCAAGUUUUUUAGGCAUGUCCGGCUGUUCUACACAUCUUUGGCAUCUUCCCUGCUGAAGAAGUUCCCAUUCAAUGAUGACAUCCUAAAGACCCUGUCCUUUCUGAAUCCUGAAACCAGAGAGAAGACAUCAGCUGAAGCAGUGGUCCAGCUUGGAAUGAGGGUGAUGCCUGAUCUGAAUGCUGAGAGUCUCCUGGAAGAAGUUGCGGAGUUCCACAUCACCCAUUUGGAAGAUCUGCCACCAUACAGGGAAACAGUACAGCCAGAGGACCCCACGGAUGAACCAAGAGAGAUUAUAACGGAGGACUCACUUCAGAAAUUCUGGGUCUACAUGCGAGACAGACAGCUGUCUGGCAGAUCACAGAGACAGUUUCCUACCAUUCCAAAGGUUGCUCUGGCAUGCUUGGCAAUUCCACAUUCAAAUGCUGACCCAGAGCGUUGUUUCAGCAUAUUGAGAAAAAUUCAGACAGACUCAAGGUCAAGAUUGACUUCAGAAACAAUUCACAAUCUGCUGAGUGUAAAGUUUAAUGAACAUAACAUUUGCAGCUCAUUUGUUCCUUCCAAGGUCAUGUUAUAUAAAUCAACCAAUUCAUGCAAUUAAUUGUGCAUGUGAUUGCUAUCCUGAUUGCCAUGUGGACUUAGUGCUGUGAAGUGCCUAAAAAUGAUUUUUUUAAGUAGUGCUUACUUAGUGCUGUGAAGUGCCUAAAAAUUAUUUUUUUUA